AUGAGACGAAUUCAGCUUCCGGAGCCGCCGAGCCCUACCACCGGGAGAGGCACUCCGGACAUCUUCGAGUCCGGAGUUCACACGUUCGUGCGACGCGCUGUCGUAAUCGGCAACGGCUUUGCCGCUUCGGAGAAUCAGAGCAUCGGAUUGGUUCGUGCCCUGGGACUCUCCGAUAAGCACGUCUUAUAUCGUGUUACCAGACCAAAAGGGGGAAUUAAUGAGUGGCUUCAAUGGCUUCCAGUCUCUCUCCAUAAAAAAAUAGAUUAUAUAGUAAGAAUGAUUCGAGGUUAUUCUCAGCUUAUGUUGAAAUCUCAGGAAAAGAAGCUUAUGCCUUUACCUUCAGAGAAUGGUGUCAGUGCAGGCUUGUUAUCUGUCUUAGAAGCUGAUGUAAAGCAUAUAGUUAGUUUUGCUCGUGAAACUUAUGAGAAGGAGGGACCUUUGCUGGUUGUCGCAUGUGGAAGAGAUACCAUUUCUACUGCAAGUUCCAUAAAACGUUUAGCAUCUGAGAAUGUUUUUGUUGUUCAGAUACAACAUCCCAGAUUGCAUUUGAAUAGAUUUGACAUGGUGAUUACACCUAAGCAUGAUUAUUAUCCUUUGACUCCAGAAGGACAAAAACAGGUUCCUCAGUUCCUUCGAAGGUGGAUAACUCCACGUGAUCCUCCAGAUUGUCAUGUGGUUCUCACUAUGGGGGCGCUACAUCAAGUAGAUUUCAGUUCAAUACGUAGUGCUGCUGCUACUUGGCAUGAUGAGUUUUCACAUGUUCCCAGGCCCUUGCUCGUGGUCAACAUUGGAGGACCAACAAGAAACUGUCGAUAUGGUGUAGAUCUUGCCAAGCAGUUAGCAGCUUCAUUGCUCAGUGUCCUAGCUAGGUGUGGGAGUGUUAGGAUAUCCUUUUCGGAGAGGACACCACAGAAGGUGUCCAAUAUUAUAGUAAAAGAACUUGGGAAUAAUCCAAAAGUUUAUAUUUGGGAUGGGCAAGGACCUGACCUACACAUGGGCCAUUUAGCUUGGGCCGAUGCAUUUGUUGUCACCGCAGAUUCAGUUAGCAUGAUAAGUGAAGCUUGCAGCACUGGGAAGCCUGUUUAUGUUCUUGGAGUUGAGCGAUGUAGAUGGAAGUUCAAUGAAUUUCACAAGUCUUUGAGAGAGAUGGGAGUUGUUAGGCCUUUUACAGGUUCUGAGGAUAUAUCAGAAAGUUGGAGUUAUCCACCUCUUGCCGAUACUGCUGAUGCCGCCAAAAAGGUUCAUGAAGCGCUUGCUGCCCGAGGGUGGAAGUUGAAGGUUGGGGUCGCGAAGGGUUUUGAUUUUUCGGCGGCGGAAAAUCUUGGUAAAAUUCGUCUUCUUAACAAAAAAAGAAAGGUUUUCUUCUUUAAAGUUGGAGGGUUGGGUCUGAUGAGAAUUGUUAGGGGAAUGCAGAGAUCGCUUUGCGAGGAUCACUACUGCUGCAACGACUCUUUCUUCCAAGGGAUUGGCAUCACUACGCCCAAGGCCAGAACCCGCGACAAACUAAUGAUCCAAACCCUCUGA